GCGGAUCCCAGGUUUCGUCCCCGCGUACUCGGCGCCUUGACCUAAACUACACCUACCCCCCUCGACUGAAUGCGUGUUCUAUUGGAGCAGUCCUUACGAUGCCGGUCGUCGAAGUGCUUAAUAGCAAAUAUCAAAAACAAAAUAUUAAACUGCAACAGACGCUUGCAGAGACAGAAGAAGGUCCCCUGUACUUUCGUGGCUGGACUGAGAUCGGACCACACAAGACUCGAGUCACAGAUGAGACUGACAGGGGCGGAAUCGUGUGUACAACCUGUCACGGUCAGAGCUCGCUCACUGGAGACAUCUUCUUCAACGCAACAGUCAGAAGCCUCUGGCAUGCCUCGGAAAACGGUUGCAGCUACUGUACCGCUUUACUCGAUGCCGUUAAGACGUUCAAUGGGGAUGCGCAUUUUGACCUGACCCAGAUCACCGUUUCUGUCUUAUCGGCCGAUCCCCGCGAACUUGAUUUGCGCACCCUCUCGAUCAUCUUUUGGAAAUCAGAGGUCGUUGGACGGGCGGACGAUCAGCUUGCAAAGGUAGACAUCUUCCGGAGAACAGGUUAUACUGAGGCCAUAACGGCACCCUCUUGGGCUCGUAAUCUGGCGAUGAAAUAUUUGGCGAGCGGGGACACGUCGUCUAUCAGCGCGUUCGACAAACUGAAAUAUUGGCUCGACAGCUGCGACAAAGAUCACAUAUGCGUCAGCCCUGACACGGAUUUCAUGCCGAAGAGGAUUCUACAAAUCACUGGCGAUUGUGUUUCCCUCAGGGAAGGUCUGGAAGGGCGAGCACGGUAUGCAUGUUUGAGCCAUUGUUGGGGUGUCGACGGUCUCGCCUUCAAGCUGGUCAAAUCUAACCGGGAUGUUCUUUGUCGAGGAAUACCCAUUGCAGAUCUUCCCAAAACCUUUCGAGAUGCGGUGCAAGCGUGCACUCAAUUGAACCUUGAGUUCCUUUGGAUUGAUGGUCUAUGCAUCAUACAGGAUGACCUAGAAGACUGGGAGAAGACUGCUGCCACCAUGGCAGAUAUAUAUCGUCAUGGGUACAUAACACUCGCUGCCACUGUAUCGAGUAACAGCAGUGGGGGUUGUUUCCGGCGUGUCCCAGAUCAGGCAAGACCAAAAGCUCUCCAACGUACCCCUGGACUCUUUAUCGAGGAGCACUCCAGAUGGACUUCUCCACUCCACACAUGGGAUGUCAAGUUCGCAAGCCGGUUCCCUCUGCUUCAGCGUGCGUGGGUCUAUCAGGAGAGACAGUUAUCCCCACGAACAGUACACUUCGCCCACCGCCAGCUCUUAUGGGAGUGUAAAUCUUCUCUUAGAUGUGAGGACGGUGUUCUCGACUACACUAUAUACAGUGAGCCGAUGUUUGGAGACACCACUGUGAAGCGCACGUCAGAACAUUAUAUCCCUGCCUGGCAGCGUAUUGUGAGAGAGUACUCUCGUCUGGACCUCACAUUUCAAGAUGAUAGGCUCCCUGCCAUCGCAGCAGUAGUCGAAGAUAUGAUGGAACGGCGACCGGACGAUUUCUACAUGGCAGGUAUGUGGGUGAACAGUCUCCUUGCCGACCUUACCUGGUAUAUCGAUUCAAAUGCCGGAGCUUUCAAAAGGCUGCAGCCUGCAUCUCACCGACUAUCGCCAUCGUGGGCGUGGGCGUCUGUCCAAGGGCCUAUCAGAUUCUCCGACUACCGUGGAUACCUCCCAGGUAUGGAGAUACUGGAUAUCUCAGGCUCCACUUACGGACCGCGUCAAAUCGGGAGAGUCACGCAUGCGAGUAUCAACAUGAGAGGGCCAGCAACCGAAGCGGCCUUCAAGGACGGCCAAUACGUACAAGUCAGAGAACACCAGUCAUACACUAUACACAAUGUCAGCGGUGACACGGCUGCUGGCACAACCUUCAAAAUAUAUGGUGUGGAGAAAAGCAAGGACUUUGGUCUUGAGGGACAAGACAUCCAAUACAUGGAAGCUGAGAAAUAUCUCUUCUUCUUCAUCAACACUGAUAAGCUCUUUUGUUAUGGACUUAUUCUAAGACAGCUCUCGGACAAUGAGUAUGAGCGAGUCGGCACGUGUGUAUGCCAGACCGACCCGUACAUGUUCGUUGAGUCAGAGCGCGAAGCCAUGCUGGAGCGCUAUAUCGCUAGCCUCUCCAUCAAGGAGGUCACAAUCAUAUAGAUGUUCAUGUCUGUUUGUCCCUUCAUCUCAGUUCUGCAGUA